GACACUCCGUCUUAGAAAAAACCCGUGGCCUCAUCGCUGGGCCCGAUAAAGGAGGAAGUUCUUCUCUCGGCUCUCUUCUUCUUCCUCUGGUUUCUUCCCCAAUAUCGAUAUGCACAGGGAUGUUCAAGAGUCUCUCUCGUUGAUGAAAUCCGGUUUUUUUCCCAGCUCGUGCAUUUCGAUUUCGGGGAUCAAGCAUUCGCCAACAACGCUCGGCAGGCUUUGACUUUGGGUUGGAUUGUCAGAUUUUCGCCGAUCUAAUAAGAGGGAUGUGAUCUGAUGGCCGUGCCUUUAUGCUGCAGUUGGUGAACCAGCUGCUUUGUUCCUGCCGAGAUGUCGUCGUAUGACGAAGUUCUGAAGGCCGUUUUCCCUUUUCUGGAUGGCGCAGACCUGGCUUCUUGUAUGGCUGUGUGUAAGCAAUGGAGAGAGAUAGCCAAAGACGAUUACUUUUGGAAGUGCCUCUGUGCCAGAAGAUGGCCUUCGAUUUGCAAACGACCAAACUCGUUUAGGGUAACCUAUUACAAACUAUAUCAAACAUUCCGCAAACGCCAGCAACGGCAAGCACUUCUUCCCCCUCGGCUUUGCUUCGAAGACUUGGAAUUCUUCAUUGACAUAUGGACUGAGGAUAAAUUGAUGUUCUCAGAAGUGGUCCCGGGCCCUCUUCUUGAGGCCGGAAUAAAGAACCCACCUUCGGGAGCAAGUGAAGGGAUUAGGCUUCAUCUAGAGUGUCCUCAGUACAAGAUGACAUUACCUGUAGAUCCGAGAUUCACUGUGGCUUUCAGCCAAAACCUGACUGUGUCAGUGCUCGUAAGACGCAAGGAUUCUAAUAGAGUUGCUUGCAUUAUCAAUAACUCACUCUUUGGCUAUACUGAUCGAACGUCGAAUAGGUUCAUGGCAUAUGAGUACCUCGACUUUUCUCCUCUCUAUCCAUUCACUUCUAAUACUCGAGCAUGGAUUUCUUUGCUUUUUAUGGACAAGGAUCAAAAUGAGGGUGUCAUUGAUGUUUUUGGUAUCGAAGUGGACUUCUGUGAUGCUGCAAACUCCAAGGAAGAGGUACUCUGGCUACUAGACAUGCUUGAUUGGAAAUAAGGGACCGGUGCAUUGAAAGCUGAAUAGUGGCUGAACUUGUUGAUUAAUAUGUAUUUCUCUGCAUGCAAGCUAUUCCUUAGUGGCUGGACCUCAUACUCAGUACAAGGUAUAAGUAUGGGAUGUGCCUUCUGUCAAUACUUCAAUUAGCUGAACUGACGGGAAGUUCAUGUCAGCUGUUGUACAUAGUCUCUGUCCAAUUUCAAUAAAAAUGUGAAUCCAUUAAUGUCAA